CGCCACAGCGCACAAAUGAGCGCAAGGAGGAAAGGAUCACAGGAGGCUUGCGUUCGCCACCAAGAUGGCCGCAAGUGAUAGUAAAGCUCCACUUAGAACAGUGAAAAGAGUGCAGUUUGGCAUUUUAAGUCCAGAUGAAAUACGUCGUAUGUCCGUCACUGAAGGGGGCAUCCGUUUCCCCGAGACCAUGGAAGCGGGUCGCCCCAAAAUGGGGGGUCUCAUGGACCCGAGACAGGGUGUCAUCGAUCGGCACUCCCGCUGCCAGACUUGUGCAGGCAACAUGACCGAAUGCCCUGGACAUUUCGGACACAUCGACUUAGCCAAACCCGUUUUCCAUGUGGGUUUUAUCACAAAAACUAUCAAAACGCUGCGGUGCGUUUGCUUCUACUGCAGUAAAUUGCUUGUGAGCCCCAAUAAUCCUAAAAUUAAGGAAGUCGUAAUGAAAUCAAAGGGGCAACCUAGGAAAAGAUUAGCGUUUGUUUAUGAUCUCUGUAAAGGGAAGAACAUUUGUGAGGGCGGGGAUGAGAUGGAUGUGGGGAAAGAAGGGGAAGACCCCAAUCAAGCAAAGAAACAGGGACAUGGUGGUUGUGGGCGCUACCAACCUAAUAUUAGAAGGACAGGGCUUGAUCUCACGGCAGAGUGGAAACACUUGAAUGAAGACUCACAAGAACGCAAAAUUGCCUUGUCGGCUGAAAGAGUUUGGGAAAUUCUCAAACAUAUCACAGAUGAAGAGUGUUUUAUCUUGGGCAUGGACCCGAAAUUCGCACGUCCGGAUUGGAUGAUAGUCACAGUGUUGCCAGUUCCGCCACUCCCAGUCCGCCCAGCUGUAGUAAUGUACGGUUCGGCCCGAAAUCAGGACGACUUGACUCACAAAUUAGCCGACAUUAUCAAAGCAAACAAUGAAUUACAGAAAAACGAAGCAGCUGGAGCUGCAGCACACGUAAUCUCCGAAAACAUAAAAAUGUUACAAUUCCAUGUGGCAACACUGGUCGACAACGACAUGCCGGGGAUGCCCCGAGCAAUGCAAAAAUCCGGUAAACCACUGAAAGCCAUCAAAUCGCGACUCAAAGGCAAAGAGGGCCGGAUUCGAGGCAACUUGAUGGGUAAACGAGUAGAUUUUUCCGCACGUACUGUUAUCACACCGGAUCCCAACUUGCGGAUUGAUCAAGUGGGUGUGCCAAGAAGUAUCGCCCAGAAUUUAACGUUUCCAGAAAUUGUGACACCGUUUAAUUUUGAUAAAAUGUCAGAGCUGGUACAGAGAGGCAAUUCACAAUAUCCGGGUGCCAAGUAUAUUAUUCGUGACAAUGGGGAGAGAAUUGAUUUGAGGUUUCACCCGAAAUCUUCCGAUUUGCAUUUACAGUGUGGUUAUAAAGUCGAGAGACACAUAAGAGAUGGUGAUUUAGUUAUUUUCAACCGUCAACCCACCCUACAUAAAAUGAGUAUGAUGGGGCACAGAGUUAAGGUAUUGCCUUGGUCAACAUUCCGAAUGAAUUUAUCAUGUACUUCCCCCUACAACGCCGACUUUGAUGGCGACGAAAUGAACCUUCACGUCCCUCAAAGUAUGGAAACACGGGCCGAAGUUGAAAACUUGCACAUUACACCCAGACAAAUUAUCACCCCACAAGCCAAUAAACCCGUUAUGGGUAUUGUACAGGACACCCUCACAGCUAUUAGAAAAAUGACAAAACGGGACGUUUUCAUCGAGAAGGAGCAAAUGAUGAAUUUGUUGAUGUUUUUGCCGAUUUGGGAUGGAAAAAUGCCAAGACCUGCAAUUUUGAAACCGAAACCGUUAUGGACCGGAAAACAAAUUUUCUCCCUAAUUAUCCCAGGAAAUGUUAAUAUGAUUCGAACACAUUCUACACAUCCUGAUGAUGAAGAUGAUGGGCCAAAUAAAUGGAUUUCACCGGGUGAUACUAAAGUUAUGGUCGAACAUGGAGAAUUGGUUAUGGGAAUUUUGUGUAAGAGGACGUUGGGAACCUCGGCUGGGUCUUUGCUACAUAUUUGUAUGUUGGAAUUGGGACAUGAGGUCUGUGGGCGGUUUUAUGGGAAUAUUCAGACGGUCGUCAACAACUGGCUCCUGCUUGAAGGUCACAGUAUCGGUAUUGGUGACACCAUUGCCGAUCCGCAAACCUACUUAGAGAUCCAGAAAGCCAUCAAAAAAGCCAAAGAGGAUGUCAUUGAAGUCAUUCAAAAAGCACACAACAUGGAACUUGAGCCAACACCCGGUAACACGUUACGACAAACAUUCGAAAAUCAAGUCAAUCGUAUUCUUAAUGACGCUCGUGACAAAACCGGUGGUUCGGCUAAAAAAUCUCUAACCGAAUACAACAAUCUUAAAGCUAUGGUCGUAUCGGGUUCCAAAGGUUCCAAUAUUAACAUCUCCCAAGUUAUUGCCUGCGUAGGCCAACAAAACGUCGAAGGUAAACGAAUACCUUUCGGCUUCCGCAAACGCACCCUCCCUCACUUCAUCAAAGACGAUUACGGUCCAGAAUCUCGCGGUUUCGUCGAAAAUUCAUACUUGGCCGGUUUAACCCCAUCCGAAUUUUAUUUCCACGCUAUGGGAGGUCGUGAAGGUCUUAUUGACACAGCGGUUAAAACCGCCGAAACCGGUUACAUCCAACGUCGUCUAAUCAAAGCUAUGGAGUCGGUUAUGGUACACUAUGACGGAACUGUUCGUAACUCAGUCGGACAACUCAUCCAGUUACGUUACGGUGAGGACGGUCUUUGUGGCGAAAUGGUCGAAUUUCAAACACUUCCAACUGUGAAACUAUCAAAUAAAGCGUUCGAACGCAAAUUUAGAUUUGAUCCAAGCAAUGAACGGUAUCUACGACGUGUUUUCACCGAGGAAGUGAUCAAGGAUUUGAUGGGUUCAGGUGAAGUUAUUUCGGAAUUGGAAACAGAAUGGGAACAACUACAAAAAGAUCGCGAAGCCUUACGUCAGAUUUUCCCAAGUGGGGAGUCCAAAGUUGUGCUCCCAUGCAACUUGCAACGAAUGAUUUGGAACGUACAGAAAAUUUUCCAUAUUAAUAAAAGGGCCCCCACUGAUUUAUCACCCUUACGGGUGAUACAAGGUGUGCGUGAGUUGUUAAAUAAAUGUGUGAUUGUUGCUGGAGAAGACAGACUUUCCAAACAAGCAAACGAAAAUGCAACAUUGCUGUUCCAAUGUUUGGUUCGAUCGACUCUUUGCACUAAAUGUGUAUCAGAAGAAUUUCGUUUAAGUACGGAAGCGUUUGAAUGGUUGAUUGGUGAGAUUGAGACACGGUUCCAGCAAGCACAAGUCAAUCCUGGUGAAAUGGUUGGAGCGUUAGCUGCACAAUCACUUGGUGAGCCUGCGACUCAAAUGACACUCAACACGUUUCAUUUUGCCGGUGUUUCUUCAAAGAACGUAACGCUGGGUGUGCCCCGUUUGAAGGAAAUCAUCAAUAUAUCGAAAAAACCCAAAGCUCCGUCUUUGACUGUGUUUUUAACGGGUGCUGCGGCUCGAGAUGCCGAAAAAGCCAAAAAUGUUUUAUGCCGACUUGAACAUACAACAUUGCGUAAGGUCACAGCAAAUACGGCGAUUUACUACGAUCCUGAUCCACAAAAUACUGUGAUUCCGGAGGAUCAAGAGUUUGUUAAUGUUUAUUAUGAAAUGCCCGAUUUUGAUCCGACUCGCAUUUCUCCGUGGUUGUUACGUAUCGAAUUGGAUAGGAAACGAAUGACUGAUAAGAAAUUGACAAUGGAACAAAUCGCUGAAAAAAUCAAUGCUGGCUUUGGGGACGAUUUAAACUGUAUCUUUAACGAUGAUAACGCAGAGAAGUUGGUUUUGCGUAUCAGGAUUAUGAACAGUGACGAUGGGAAAUUCGGAGAUGGCGCUGAUGAAGAUGUGGAUAAAAUGGACGAUGAUAUGUUCCUACGGUGUAUUGAAGCUAACAUGUUGAGUGACAUGACAUUGCAAGGCAUUGAAGCCAUUUCAAAAGUCUACAUGCAUUUGCCACAAAACGAUUCGAAAAAACGUAUCGUGAUCACAGAAACUGGGGAAUUUAAAGCCAUAGCUGAAUGGUUACUAGAAACAGAUGGUACAAGCAUGAUGAAGGUUUUAUCAGAACGUGACGUAGACCCAGUCCGGACGUUUUCUAACGACAUUUGUGAAAUUUUCUCAGUGCUUGGCAUCGAAGCCGUUCGUAAAUCAGUCGAGAAGGAAAUGAACGCUGUGUUACAAUUCUACGGUCUGUACGUAAACUAUCGUCACCUUGCGUUGCUUUGUGACGUUAUGACGGCAAAAGGUCACCUUAUGGCGAUUACACGUCAUGGAAUUAAUAGGCAAGACACCGGUGCGCUGAUGAGGUGUUCAUUUGAAGAAACUGUUGAUGUUUUGAUGGAUGCAGCUUCACAUGCUGAAGUUGAUCCAAUGAGAGGUGUGUCGGAAAAUAUAAUUAUGGGUCAAUUACCACGGAUGGGUACUGGUUGUUUUGAUUUGUUGCUUGAUGCCGAGAAAUGUAAAAUGGGUAUUCCGAUACCGCAAGCACAUGGGGCUGAUAUUAUGGCGUCGGGGAUGUUCUUCGGAUCGGCGGCAACUCCAAGUAUGAGUCCCGGGGCUGCGAUGACGCCGUGGAAUCAAGGGGCGACGCCCUACGUGGGCAGUGCGUGGUCUCCACACAAUUUAAUGGGCAGUGGUAUGACACCUGGAGGCCCAGCAUUUUCACCUUCUGCCGCUUCCGACGCUUCAGGAAUGUCACCUGGUUACGGUGCUUGGUCACCCACUCCUCAAUCUCCCGCUAUGUCACCAUUUAUGGCCUCACCUCAUGGCCAAUCUCCUUCUUACAGUCCUUCAAGUCCUUCAUUCCAACCGACAUCACCAUCCAUGACACCCGUUUCACCAGGUUAUUCCCCCACAUCUCCCGGUUAUUCCCCAACAAGUCCAAACUAUAGUCCAACUUCUCCAAGUUAUUCUCCGACAAGUCCGAGUUAUUCGCCCACGAGUCCAAGUUACUCACCCACAAGUCCGAGCUAUUCACCCACAAGUCCGAGUUACUCACCUACAAGUCCUAGUUAUUCACCCACGAGUCCAAGUUACUCGCCCACAAGUCCAAGUUAUUCCCCCACGAGUCCAAGUUACUCGCCCACAAGUCCGAGUUAUUCACCCACGAGUCCAAGUUACUCACCUACAAGUCCGAGUUAUUCACCCACGAGUCCGAGUUACUCGCCUACGAGUCCUAGUUAUUCACCCACGAGUCCAAGUUAUAGUCCUACAAGUCCGAGUUAUUCACCAACGAGUCCAAGUUACAGUCCUUCAUCUCCACGUUAUACUCCAGCGUCGCCAAGUUAUUCGCCCACAAGUCCGAGUUACUCGCCGUCGUCACCACAGUACUCACCUGCGUCUCCAAGUUUUUCGCCUUCGUCGCCUAAAUAUUCACCCACGUCUCCGAGUUAUUCGCCAACUUCUCCUUCGUUUGCGGGUGGAAGUCCGCAAUAUUCGCCCACAUCUCCGAGUUACUCGCCCACGUCUCCGAAUUACUCACCGUCGAGUCCGCAACAUACACCAGCUGCAAGUUCGCGGUAUUCGCCCUCGUCACCAAAUUAUUCACCAAGUUCGCCGAGUUAUUCACCGACUUCUCCUCAAUAUUCACCACACAGUACAAAGUAUUCACCCACUUCGCCUACUUACACACCGACUUCGCCAAGUUAUUCACCAGCUUCUCCGGCGUAUUCGUCUCAACCUCCACGGUAUUCACCGUCGAGUCCGAGCUAUUCACCCACAAGUCCCAGUCAGGAUCAAGACUAGGGAUAAAGUGGUCAUUUAUACUUUUUUGAUAAUUUAGAAUUUAGUUUGGGUUAUUUAUGGAGUAAGUUUUAUAGUGACAAGUAAAAGACUGUAUUUUAAAAAAUUGUUCAUGAUUUUUGAGUCUCGUGUAUAUAGAUAUAUUUUAUUAUGUAAUACAUGUUAACUUUAUUCAAUAAAAGUUUGAGAUAAUU